GAGGUUGUCGCCGGCGCGUCCCCUAUCCCGCGGCUCGCUCGCCCUGCCGGUGCCAUGGCGGCCUUCAGCAAGUACUUGACGGCACGGAACACCUCGCUGGCGGGGGCCGCGUUCCUGCUGCUCUGCCUACUCCAUAAGCGGCGUCGCGCCCUCGGCCUGCACGGUAAGAAAAGUGGAAAACCGCCAUUACAGAAUAAUGAGAAAGAAGGAAAGAAAGAGCGAGCUGUGGUGGACAAAGUGUUUUUAUCAAGGCUCUCACAGAUCCUAAAAAUUAUGGUUCCUAGAACAUUUUGUAAAGAGACAGGCUACUUGUUACUUAUUGCGGUUAUGCUGGUAUCUCGAACAUACUGUGAUGUUUGGAUGAUUCAGAAUGGGACGCUCAUUGAGAGUGGAAUAAUAAGCAGAAGUGUGGCUUUAUUCAAGGAAUCAUUUUUUAAGUUUGUAGCAGCUACUCCAUUGGUAAACCAUGCAAGCGAUGGGUGGAUGGCAUGCGCAGCACCACACGUUCUGUGUAGUGGUUCACAGCUUGGGCAACGCUAAAGCUCUUCUGUAGUGUGAAUCAAUUUUAACUAAAACUUACAAGCUUUUUUUUUUCUUUCAAGCUUUUUUUUUCUUUUUUUUUUUAGUACCCUAAUUACUUCUUGUUUAAGAUAGAAUCAUUGCUAUAAACAAUAUCUUUGUACUGUUCCAUUUUUCCCUUGUAGUUCAGCUUUUUAAAGACCAGUAUUUCUAUUUCAUCAAGAAUUGAAGAAAAAUUAUUUAUUUUAUUUUUUCCCAUUAGUGUAGGGUAACAAUUCCUAAGUUUUGCCAAGAAAAUAGAGCAUGUUCUAAAGCCCCUUUUGAUUUUUAUAUAUUAAAAUCUUUGAAAAGAUCCUUGGUAAAGAUGUUUGAUAGCUUUGUUUAAUCCAGAUUUCCCCAAAUUUACUCACCUCCACCAUCAUAAAAAAAAAAAAAAUGAAUUGUUUCCUUAUCAUAUACCAGUCAGCUAUUUGGGAGACCUAGACAAGUUGUUUGCUGAAGUGUUUCUCAAUAUAAAUAUUAUAUAUGCUCUCAAUAUAUAGAUAUUUAUAAUAUAUUUAUAUAUAGUUAUAAAAUUACAUUCGGGAAUACUAAUAAAAAUUCUCUGAAAAGAAAAUUCUGUGACCACAUACAAGAUGUGUGGUCACUUCAAACAAGCUCUCUUUAAUAUAUAUGCGCAAUAUACUCAUAUCAUAAUGGCUUUCAAACUCUUAUUAGAGUUUAUUUUUAUUUUAUGUAUAUGGGUUUUGUUUGCAUGAGUGUGUGUUCACCAUAUGCAUGCCUAGUGCUUGUGGAGGCUAGAAGAGAGUUACACAGUCGUGAGCUGCUGUGUGGGUGCUGGAUCAAACCUAGACCCCCUGCAAGAGCAGCAAGUGCCUUUUAUGGCUGAGCCAUCGCUCCAGCCCAACUUUCAAACCCUUAAAUAAGUAGUGAGUGGAACCCUUAUUUUAGAUUCUUAGUAUGCAUUUGAAAAGCAGGUAAAUGCAUAAACCAGAUAAAAAGCAGAUAAAAGAGGAACUGCUUUUGUUGAACUGUGUCAAAGGACCUGAGGCUUUUGCAGACUGAUUUAGAUACUUCUCUCAUGUGCCACAGUCUCAGGAUUGGCCAGCCAGGACUACUGCUUAGGUCUCAUUACUCAGCUUAAAUUUUUUUUUUUUUUUCUUUUUAGAUAGGGCCUCAGUAUGUAGCCUUAGGUGACCUGAAUCUCAAUGUGUAGACCAGCCUGGACUCAAACUCACAGAAUCUGCCUGCCUCUGAGGGCUGGGAUUAAAGGUGUGGACACACCAUAUAUAUUUUUUUAAAAGGCAAAGCUUUAUUAGAGUCUAGUCAGGCAGUCUUGGUUACUUAUACUCUAUUGGUGAAAGCAUUGAGUAGUUGCAACCAGAACUUGGACCCACAAAACCUACACUGCUUACUUUCUGCCCUUUCCAGCUGGCUGAGGUAGGCUUUCUACCAUCUCUAACUAGUUCAUUCCAGUGAGAAUCAAGGAUGCUAAAAUAUUUAAAACAAACAAAUACUACUUUGGUUUAAUCUGUAAUAUCCCAGAAUCCCUGGGUGCUGUAACCCAGAAUCCCACAGAUGCUGAGCACACGCUCUGCUUCUGCAGUUCUCCCUGGCACAUCUGUGGCCUGCAGUUAGCAAUUUUCUUCAUCUUGUCUUCUGCAGCCAAGUUCAAGCAAGUUGUUAAAAUGCUUCAGUAUUUGUAAACAUGUUUGUAUGAUUUCUUUCCAUUUUUUUCUUAUUACUUAAUAACUCCAUGGAAAUCCCCAAGAGUGGUUUGGAGCUCUAGGUUUUCUAGUGUUACAUUGGCUUCUAUUGCACUAAAGCAUUGCAUGUGGUGGUUUGCAGUGGCAUCAUUGGUCGCAGCAGCAAAGAUUUCAAGAGAUACUUAUUCAACUUCAUCGCUGCCAUGCCUCUUAUCUCUCUGGUUAAUAACUUCUUGAAGUAUGGGUUAAAUGAGCUCAAACUGUGCUUCCGAGUCAGGCUCACACGGUACCUCUACGAGGAGUAUCUCCAAGCUUUCACCUAUUAUAAAAUGGGCAACCUGGAUAACAGAAUAGCAAAUCCAGACCAGCUGCUUACACAGGAUGUAGAAAAAUUUUGUAACAGUGUAGUCGAUCUGUAUUCAAAUCUUAGUAAGCCAUUUUUAGACAUAGUUUUAUAUAUUUUCAAGUUAACAAGUGCAAUUGGAGCUCAGGGCCCGGCAAGCAUGAUGGCCUACUUGCUUGUUUCUGGGCUAUUCCUAACUCGACUCAGAAGACCCAUUGGUAAGAUGACAAUUAUGGAGCAGAAGUACGAAGGAGAAUACAGAUACGUGAAUUCACGGCUUAUCACUAAUAGUGAAGAAAUUGCCUUUUACAAUGGGAAUAAACGGGAGAAGCAGACAAUCCACUCAGUCUUCCGAAAACUGGUGGAACACCUACAUAAUUUCAUUUUCUUUCGGUUUUCUAUGGGUUUCAUUGAUAGCAUCAUUGCCAAAUAUGUUGCCACUGUCGUCGGGUACCUGGUUGUCAGUCGCCCCUUCCUAGAUCUGGCACACCCUCGCCACCUUCACAGCACACACUCAGAGCUGCUGGAGGAUUACUACCAAAGUGGAAGGAUGCUUUUGAGAAUGUCUCAAGCUUUGGGUCGUAUAGUUUUGGCUGGGCGUGAAAUGACUAGAUUGGCUGGUUUUACGGCUCGGAUUACAGAAUUAAUGCAAGUACUAAAGGACUUAAAUCAUGGCAGAUAUGAACGUACAAUGGUGUCACAACAGGAGAAGGGUAUUGAAGGAGCACAAGCUAGUCCCUUGGUCCCUGGUGCUGGAGAAAUCAUCAAUACAGACAACAUUAUAAAGUUUGAUCAUGUUCCUUUAGCAACACCAAAUGGUGACAUCUUGAUCCAAGACCUUAGUUUUGAAGUUCGAUCUGGGGCCAACGUUCUGAUUUGUGGUCCAAACGGCUGUGGAAAGAGCUCCCUCUUCCGUGUUCUUGGUGAGUUAUGGCCUCUUUUUGGAGGGCGGCUUACUAAACCUGAGAGAGGAAAGUUAUUUUAUGUUCCUCAGCGACCCUAUAUGACCCUGGGAACACUGAGAGACCAAGUCAUAUAUCCAGAUGGAAAGGAAGAUCAGAAGAAGAGGGGGAUCUCUGACCAGGUGCUGAAGGAGUACUUGGACAAUGUGCAGCUGGGUCACAUCCUUGAGCGAGAAGGCGGCUGGGACAGUGUUCAGGACUGGAUGGAUGUACUCAGCGGAGGAGAGAAACAAAGAAUGGCGAUGGCAAGACUGUUUUAUCAUAAACCCCAGUUUGCCAUUUUGGAUGAAUGCACAAGUGCGGUCAGUGUGGAUGUGGAGGACUACAUUUACAGCCACUGUCGAAAGGUUGGCAUCACCCUCUUUACCGUUUCACACAGAAAGUCCCUUUGGAAGCACCACGAGUACUACCUGCAUAUGGAUGGGAGAGGCAAUUAUGAAUUCAAAAAGAUCACAGAAGAUACAGUUGAGUUCGGAUCAUAGAGACCAUCUCAAGAACUUCAUUUGCUUCAAAACAAGAUAAUGAACAGAAUGCAUUUGUAAAUGCAAGAUGCAUUGUAAAAUAAAGUUAAGCUUGUUUUUUUUUAAAAAAAACAAAGCAACAAAUUGACUAGAUAUAGGAUAAUUGAAACAUGUUAAAACAUUUAAUAUUGUAUAGGAUAUUGCUAAUUGUGUAUAUGUUGGUUUAAUUAUUAAUUAUGUACUAAGAAUGUCCUUAUUCUUGUGGUUAAAAAACCUGCCUGAAUUAAAUUGGGCUUAAAUCAGUGUAACCUGAUUCAUCCUGGGAUGUAAACCAUUUGAAGUCAGCUAAUUUGACUUUUAUGGCUCUGUCUUUUUCUUUCAUGAAGAACCCUGUUUAAAACUGGGGUCAUUAACUGUUCUAUUCUAACAAAGUAGUCUUGAGUUUCAUUUCUUAUGCCCCAUGGUAGUGGGAACCAGACCAAUCACAAUGUUUUAUUGAAACAUAUUCCAUCGUUACAGGAUAGCGUUCGGUACACAGUGGCGGGUUUCUUUAGCUGCUGUGUUUAUUCUCAUUCCUCACACAUGCCUUUAAGUGCAUUGGACUCCAGGAGAGCCAUUUGGGGUUUCUCUAGCUAAACAAUAAAUGUACCUGUCUCAGUCCGCUGGACUGAGUUGUUUUGAAGGUUCUCAUGGUGCACAGCAGUGUGUAUGUGGUGUACAACAGUGUGUAUGCAGCCGUGCUUACAGCCUGUGGUUGCUACCUGUUGUACCAGUCUGACCAGUGUUUGGAAUGUUCAGACAUAAUCUCCUGUGUGAAGCUCAAGGUCUUAGGAGGAUUUUGGAUUUUGUGAAGAGAUGGACAGUCUCAUCAGAAAUGUGGUUGUAUAAUGGUGAGCGCCACAUGAGUGUAGAGGCACUAUAUGACGUAGUGUACUGAGCAUGCAACGCUGCUGCCGUCCUUGUCUGUGGUUUCAGUUUGUAAAACUGCUAAGCCAUUCUCAUGCACAUGGGUGAAUGACAUUUCCUAGGAACGGUCUCUGACUCCUGGACAACUACUCCUGUAUCGGCUCUGGCUCCCCGGAACCAUUAGAGACUAACUGUUGUUUCCACAAAGGAGGGCUGAGAGUGAACGUGAUCAUACGUAGUUGUGAAAUCGGUUUGAUUGAGUGGGCUCUGAAAGGGGCAUUUAAUGGUCUUGUUUCUUCAUAACUCACAAUCACUGGCUACCAAGAUAACCCUGAUGUAUUGAUUCCAUAAAUGCAUCACAUUCAGUUUUACCAUGUCUCCUUAGCAAACUUGUGUACUUAUUUUCUGUUCAGAUUAAAAAAAAAAAAUGAUAACCUACAGAA